AUGGAUGCGUGGGUCAACUCUGCCACACUGGCGAUAGCCGGAUCCAAUCUUUCCACUGUACUCAAUUACUCCGACCCACUCUUGACGAAAAUCCUAGCAGCCAAGAAGGCUCUCCAACUGAACAAGCCAUUGAUAGAGCUCUUGAUUGCCUCUUGUGAUGGUGAUCUUGUAACUUUGGAAAGCAUGACACGAGCCAAACCUGAGUUGGUUAAUUACAGGUACCCCAGUGAUGACAAUGGAGUUACGGCACUAAUCUACGCUAUUUGUUUCAACAAUUACGCCGUAGCCGAAACUCUCUUGGCUCACCAUGAUGCCGAUCCAGAUUUGCCUGACACUAUUGUCAAUUACACUCCACUCAUGUGGGCUGUAUAUUUCAACCAAUUGGAUAUGGCCAAGUUGCUUUUGAACCACCAGGCUGAUCCAUCCAAUUCCCCAAAGGACGAUGGCAAAAAUGCUAUAGCUCUCGUGAACCACGAGAACUUAGAAAUGUACAACUACUUCAAAUUGCAUAACCUCUUGGAUACGACACAAAACGAUAAUGAAGAAGACUAUUUCCACGACAGCAACUUUUCCUAUGAUGAGCCUGAGGACGAAUUGGCAGAAAAGUUGAAGCUACAAACAAUUUCGGGCUACGUUCCAGACCAAGAAGAAGAAAAUGACCAUGUCUUGGAUGAAGAAGACGAAACUGUGCUAGCUGCAGACUCGGCUUUGGUUCUUCUUCGUGAAUUCGACUACGAAACCUUGUUGCCCGAGCAAUAUAUCAAGUUUUCGGAUAGCGAUAUUCCUUCGUUGUUGAACUAUAUCUUUGACAUCAGAAUCAAAAACUUGCAUCUACAACACGAUUCCAAGAUUCCAGCAGCAAUAGUUUUCCAGUUGGUGAGAUAUUCUGCUUUGAAAGUAGAAAGUGCAUCCUUGAGUGAAUUCUUCUUUGAAAGCUUUAUCGCUAGACUCAGGGCGGUCACCAAUACCAAAUCUGGAGCUUUCAAUAUGGCUCUCCAAGAAAAUGGCACAAAUAUAGGCGGGGCUGGUGAUAUAGUCUUGUUGAGUUAUUGGCUCUCUUCUAUUCAAUAUUUGCAUUACUAUUUCAUCAAAAGUGAAAUAUACUCCAAGUAUCCAAAGUUCUUGCAAGAGUUGAUUAACAUGGUACAGUCCUUAAUCGCUACUCUCUCAUUUUCAAUCAAUUCUCGUUUGACUCCUUUGGUUGACGAAUGUUUAUUAGACUUCACCAGCUUGGUAGACGUGUCGAACGUGUUAUAUGCCAAAGACUGGAAUUUAUUCAAGAAGAACAAAAAGCACCCAAGUACAUACGACGAUAUCUUUGAUAUGUUGUAUCCUCCAUCUCAAAAUGAACUCAUGAAACCUUCACCUAUUAGAUACGUCCAAGUCCUUGGUGCCUUAGAUUAUGUUCUUAGGAUCCACAAGGUUGACAACUUGUUCCGCAUGCAAGCAUUCUCUCAAGUAUUUUACUAUUCCAAUUGCAUCAUAUUCAACAAGAUUAUCAGUCAAUCUAAGUUCUGUACUAGAUCGAAGGCUAUCCAGAUCAGACUUAACAUAUCUUCAAUUGAAGAUUGGUUGCGUUCGCAUAAUCUCAAACUUAGCAAACCUGAGAAUAUCGGAGGUAUUGAAAAAUUGGUUCCCGCAGAAGUUCAGUUGAAUAACCUUUUAAAAGUAGACAAAACAAAUAGUGAUUCUAUUUCAAACCCUCACUUCUUGGCUUUCUACUACAACUCAUUGUAUUCAGUGGGUAAAACGCAAUUGCGGCCAACAAUCGAAUUAUUGCAAUGGUUGCAAUGCAUGUCUCUGUUGGUUGACGACGAAAGUUUGAUCAACACCAUUAACCAAUUCGACUCGUUGAAUUAUUAUCAAUUGCAUAAGGUGAUGUACAAAUUGUACAAAUACGAAGUGGAUGAGCCCAAGAUUCCCAGGAAGUUGACCAACUUUGUCAAAUCCUUAAUAAACGAACAGGGCUCUGCACAAAUUGAAAGAAGCUACUUACAUUACAUGACACAAAGUACAUUUUUGUCGAAAGAGAUAUACAUAUAUAUAAACCCAAACUACGUUUUCGACGUUGCUUUGCCUAACUUCACGGAAGGGAUUAAUACUUAUGGUUCAGGUUUGGGUGGAGUUAGAGUAUUGAGAGCUAAGUUGUAUCAGCCUUCGUUGCCAAUAGCGAUUGUUGAUGAUUUGGACGAUAUUCUUACGGAGAACAAGAAGGCUAAUUUCAAUGAAACCUACGAUUAUGACGAACAAAACGGCGAUGAAGAUGAAGGUGAUGAACCCGAGGACAAUGAAUUCGAAGAAUCCAAUAAAAAUAUUGGAAGAAUUGAAGACUUCAAGGGGGAUGAGCUUUUCAAGCAAGUUCAAAUGCCGAAUUCUUUGGCCCACAAGAAUUGGGGAGGGGAAGACAAACUUGAGAAUUUUGAAGACAAUCCUUGGUAG